AUCUCUCUGCAAAUGUCUUCUCAUCUCAGUUCCAUCUCUAGAACCCUAACUUUUCUCUAUUAUAAUUCCUUCUGAAUCAUCUCUCCCUUUCGCCACCAUCAGCUACAUCGUCGCCGUCGCAACUUUGUCACUCGUGCAGAGUUCGAAAAUGGGGUGGAGCCAUUGCGGCACUACGACUUUGAUCUAUUCACCGUCAAGGCUGGUAGUGUUGAUGUCACAUACCCAUUUCCCUUCUUCCCCAUCUCUGUCACGGACGCAGUUUUCUCUUCCUCUGUUCUCUCGUUGCCCACAUCUUCCCUCUUCCCUCUUCCUUCCUUUUACUUUUCCUUCCUUAGAUUAGGUUUGAUUCUAUAACCUAGAUCAAGUUCUCACCUAGAUUUGGGUUUUGCAACCCAGAUUGGGUUUAGACAAAAUAAAGCCCUUUGGUCUCGAAGAAAUGCUUUCACUAUUUUGCUCAACCUUCACUUGGCAUCUAAGUUCUGCAUCCUGAAAAUCCCAUGUUUUACAUAGUUAAGAGUUGAAUCUUUCAGAAUUUUGUUAUUUGGAUAGAUUUUGUAUAAGAAAAUUUGUUAAUUUGAAACUUGAAAUUUUGAGGCUUUUGCUUGUCUAAAUCUGGGUUCUUCAGCAAAAACUAGGUCUAGCAAAUUUUUUUUUU